AGCUGUUUUUAUAAGCUUUUAUACGUUUUUAUAAGUGUUUUCUCUCUCCCGUACAGCAGAAGUCGCUGCAGCGCUUUGGCCGCCGAUAAACCCACCAAAGAAAGAAAGAAAAAGUUCGCAUGUGAUGUGUUUGUAUCCUCAGUGUUUUUCUCUCUUAAUUGUUUUAUUGAGUGUAAACAGAGUCUUGUCUCUGUUUAUUUUAGUGUUGAGAUGUUGAUGAUGACAGAUGAGAUGUGCUGUAAAUCAGUAGGAACUGAUCUGUCCAUGCUGGAUAUUGAUGAUUACAUCACAGAAAUCUCUCAGCUGAAGAAAGAGGUGGCGUUACUGGAGGCAAAACUGAGUUCAAGAGGAGAUUUAGGACUGAGACGAGAGGAUGUGGAUUGCUGUGAAUCUUCAGUGUAUGUAACUAAUGAUGGAUGUCUGGAUCCAGUGUGGAUGAGCAGAGAUCAGAGCCGCACACCACAGCCACUGCUGGACUCUAAACUCUCUGAAGAGAAAUCCAGACACACACAGGACUCAGAUCUCAGUCUGACUUUACUCUGUUAUACUGAGUCAAAGCCCACAGACACUCAGGACACUACAGUGUGUGACAGUAAACAGAGCUUACAGGAGGAACAAACCUCCACAGAGUCUCUGGAUUCUGUCUGUAAUGCUGGAGAACAGCAGCAGAUGCUGAAGAUGUAUUCAGUUAAACUCAUCGACUGCAGGGACAUCAUGAUGAAGAGUGAAACUGAACCUACAGAAAUCAAAACUGAACCCACAGAAGAGGAAGAUCACACUGAGGAAGAUGAUGAUUUUAUUCCGUCAGAUGUGAAGAGUGAAUCAUGUUGUGAUAUAGAAAUAACGUCCUCAACAUCAAAAGAGCGACUGACAGCACAAACUCUGCCCAAACAGACAUUCAGCUCACAGAGACAUUUAGAGAGACAUGAGAGAAAACACACAGAACAAAAACUCUUAACCGGAUCUGAGAUAAUUUUUACUACCUUACAAGAAAAGAAACUUCAUUCAGAAGAGCACAGAGAGAAGAAGAAGAAGAAGAAGCAGCAGUUUCACUGUGAGCAGUGUGGGAAGGGUUUUGUGUCUUUCUCAAAUCUAAAAGUUCACAUGAGGUCACACAGUGGUGAAAAGCCUUUCUACUGCACUGAAUGUGGAAAAUACUUCAGCACCAAACAAAGUCUUGAUUUUCAUAAGAGAAUUCACACAGGAGAAAAACCAUACGAAUGUCCUCACUGUGAGAAGAGAUUUAGUCAAAAACAUUGUUUAAAGACGCACAUGAUUUUACACACCAAUGAGAGACCGCAUCACUUUAGGGAUUCAGAUUCAUUAAAAUCACAGCAGAAUAUUUACUCUGUAGAGAAACUCUAUCAAUGUUCACACUGUGAUAAACGUUUCCUUCAUAAACAUCAGCUGAUAAUCCAUGAGAGAAUUCACACUGGAGAGAAACCUCAUCACUGUCAUGUUUGUGGGAAGAGUUUUAGUCAAUCAUCAAACUUUCAAACGCACCAGAGACUUCAUACAGGUGAAAAACCUUUCAAAUGCUCUCAGUGUGACAAGACAUUUACUCAGUCAGGUCACUUAAAAGCCCAUCAGAGACUUCAUACAGGAGAGAAACCUUACAUCUGCUCUGUCUGUGGAGAGAGAUUCACUCAUUCUAGAAGUCUUCAGUAUCAUCAGAAGAAACAUCCUAAAGAACAAACUUCACUGAAAUCAUCAUAGCACUGGCCACGUAUAUUUGGAGUAAAUGUUGGACGUGAUAAUGUGCUAGAACAAAACCAAUGGAUUUCUAUGAAUGACUUUGGUUUUUCACAGUCUAAAAAGGGAAAGUUUUUUUCGAUCACUGUGUUGAAUUUUCCCUUUUUCGCCGACGAAUAAACAGGUCGACCAAUGAGAUCCGAGCAUUAUGCCAUGUUCCCGGAGCCGCUGCUGUAAUGCAAAAGGGUGAGACGGUGACACUAAACUGUAUUGUGGGUGUAAACACACCAUUGAAACAAGUCAAGUUGAUUUUAUUUAUAUAGCGCUUUUCACAAUUGUUCAUUAUUCCAAAGCAGCUGUACAUGAAAUUGAAAUAAAGAAAACCAUUUUUAUUAUUAAAGAAAGUUGCAAGUGUACAAAGUGGUCGUUGUCGCUGGCCAGUCCCUGUGAAAGUCCGGAGGACGUCCUCGCGGACGUCCGCUCGACAUAACGGGUAUCCUACACAAUGACGUUCGCAGAGGACGUUU